GCUCCUGCCUGUCCCCCGCCGAAGCGCGGGAAAGCGGUGCCGGCGAACGGCCUCGCCGCCGCCAUGUCCGAGGCUUAUCUCCCCGUGGGGUCGGGGGCCCUGGGGCCGCAGGAAAACCUCCUGUCCUUAGAGGACAUCCUCAUGUCCCAGGAGAAGCUGCCGACCCGCACCGAGGCCCCCCUGCCCCGCCUGGGGGCUUUCUUUCAGGAGCGCAAUGGAAGCGCUGAGGGCGACGGCGGCAUCCCCGAGGGCUCCAAACUGGAAAUACCCCUGUGGCUGGCAAAAGGACUCUAUGACAACAAAAGGAGGAUCCUUUCGGUGGAGCUGCCCAAGACGUACAAGGAAGGCUGGAGGACCAUUUUUAGUGCCGAUGCCAAUGUUGUCGAUCUGCAUAAAAUGGGACCCCACUACUAUGGAUUUGGCUCCCAGCUCCUGCAGUUUGACAGUUCGGAAAAUACAAAGAUAUCUCAGACCCUACUGCAGACAUUUAUUGGACGUUUCCGGCGCAUCAUGGAUUCCUCCCAGAACGCUUACAAUGAAGACACUUCGGCCCUGGUAGCUCGACUAGAUGAGUUGGAGCGGGGCUUGUUUCAAAUAGGCCAGAAGGGAUUGAAUGACUUUCAGUGCUGGGAGAAGGGACAGGCCUCUCAGAUCACGGCUUCCAGCCUGGUCCAGAAUUAUAAGAAGAGAAAAUUAAGCGCCAUGGAAAGCUGAAAGCAUGAAGGACAUGAAAUUACUAUAGGGAUUCUUUUUGAUCGACAUUUUCAUCCACCAUAACAAAAACUGAGACGUUCCCCAUUGUACAGUUGUUCCUGUGAAUCAAUUUCUCAAAUGGCGAUAUACGAUUAGGGAAAAUGUGUUUUAGGAGAGGAGUAUUUAGCCAUCUUGGUAAGCAUCGCUGGCCUGAUUUUCAGCAUAAGUAUAUUUGUCUCAAGAACCUGGAUAGUCAUUUGGACUUCACGGCUGAGUGAAACAAUAGGCUUUCCUAAAGAGCGCCGUUAAUAUUUAAAACUGCUUACCAUUUCCGUGGCUUUGGAACUGCAGGAGGUUUUUUUUUUCCCCCUAGAAUUUCUAGAUACAAAUUAUAAUGUCCGGUCUUUGGGUGCAGGGAGUUCUGAGCUUGCUUCGCAUUGUUAUCUCCAGUUGAUUUUCUUUUUCUCCUUCUUACGUAAAAGCAAGCUGGAUCCCAGUGUAACUAUAUCUUCAUUCCUUGUAAACAUCCCCUAUUGCCUCCUUGAUAAAUGCUCCUGAUUGCUAACUCCCAUGAUCGACAGUGAAGCAAGAAAGACAAAAAGUUUCUUUUUGAGGUAAGUCCUUCCACGUUGAACAAAUGGACAGGUUACGAACUGGAAUUCUUCUAAUUCCAUCCAGUGGAAGGGAACUUUCGAAACUGGACUCAAAGUCUGAAAAAGCUUUGGGGGUCAAGUUCCCUUAAAGAUUUUCCAUCCCACUGUAGAAAACUCUCACGGAGUUAGUGGCAUUGCAAAGUAAUGAUUUAAAAGAGGGUUUAACAGCCGUUACUGCAACAGGAAUAUCGAAGCUGUACAUAGUGAAAUCUGGUUAAGACACCUCACACUGUAAAUUAAAAUAGGGGAAGAGCCCAUAUUUCUCUGCAAAUGUUGCCAAUGAAAAUACAAUUGCAUAUAACUGCUUUGGGGCAGUCUGUGUGUAGUAAGGACGGAAGCACUUUCUCUGGAGGCUGUUGAGGAGGAAGCCAAAGGAUCGAGUGAGAAAUCCUAACCAGGGAACAGACUGGAGUGUUGUCAAGGACACUCAUUUCCACCCACCCAAAUGAGAAAAACAGUCUCCGGGAGUUGAAGAUUAUAGAGUGAUUCGAGUGUACAGAUAAUAAACUGUUUUCUGUGCGAAAUUACACUGUCACGGGGCUGCUUUUAAGACACCUAUUUUAAGACAAAGUUGAUAUAUUCUGCCUUCGUUUCAGUGCCAGAUAAAUGGUCAACAUGGAAUGGGAAUGAAUCCUGCACAAAGAUUAUUUCUGUAAUUUCAGCACUGCUGAUGAUCUGGCUUAGCUGUCAGAGUGUUUUGCCUCUCCUCAUAUUAGCCAAAUAAAUUUAAAUUUUUGCAGCUAUUGGUCUUCUUGCCCAAUACUUAGCAUUAUGCAGGUUCCUUUUUUUAAAAAAAAAAAUCCCUCCAGUAUUACAGAGCCCCUGGAAAUGGAAUUUUCUUAGCUUCCAAGGAUCUUAUAGCUAUUUCAGUAGGAUGCAUUAUUCUGAGAGUGAACAAGCAGUGUUGUUUCUGCAUUACUCCUUCUGCCAAUACAGUAAUAGUAACCCAGCCUUGGCUGCAAGAAUUACUUUUCCUUUUAAGAAAAUUAUAUUUUCAGUCCAAUACUUGAACUAUGUGGGGGAUGUUAUUUUUCUACUUUAAAUAAAACCUAGUUUGUAAUCUUGUCUGUAACCUUUACAGUCUUGAUUUAUAGUUUGCUUUUUUGUUUUUUUGCAAGCUUGAAAAAAACUUGUCUAUAUUAAAUUUUUCCAUAUUUAGUUCCAG